AUGUCGAGAGGAGGAGGAGGAGGCAACAACAACAACAACAACAACACAAUCUUCGUCGGGAACCUCCCACUCGACAUUCGCGAACGAGAGUUGGACGAUUUGUUUUAUAAAUACGGACGCAUAGUGCACAUUAAAAUGCCGAGAUGUAACCACCCGCCGGCGUUUGCGUUUAUCGAGUUUGAAGAUAAACGAGACGCGGAGGACGCGCAGUAUUAUCGAGACGGGUACGAAUUCGAUGGGAAUCGAUUGAGAGUGGAGAUUAGUAAAGGGUCGUCUGGUGGUGGUGGCUUUGGUGGCACGAGAGAUGACCGGGGAGGAGGAGAAAGAGGAGGAAGAGGAGGAGGCCGGUUCGGCGGCAGCGCAGACGAGAGAGGAGGAGGAAGAGGAGGAAGAGGGUCGUUCGAACGCCCGAGACGGACGGAGUUUUGCGUCGUGGUGAGAAAUUUACCACCUCGCGCGAGCUGGCAAGACUUGAAAGACUUCUUUAGAAGAAGCGGGAAAGUGACGUACGCGAAUGCGUUCAUCGAUUCAAACACGGGAGAGCAAAUCGGCGAGGUAGAUUUCGAAUAUUUAACCGAUGCCGAGAACGCGUGCGACGAUUGCGACGGGAUUGAAUUUGAAAAUAGAUUUGGCGUUUCGAAGAUCCAGUGCGAUUUGAAGAGUUUUAAGAAAGAAGGAGGAGGUGGGAAAAGAAGGUAUUCGAACGACGAAGACGAUUAUAGAAACAACAACAACAUUAACAGCAAAAAGGAGAGUAGCGGUAAGAAACGAGGUCGCUCGCGAUCGAGAAGUUUAUCCCGCUCUCGGUCUCUCUCACCUGAAGAAAAAAGGCGCAGAAGCGAUACUCAUCGUCGCGGUAGGAGUCGCAGCCGCAGUCCUCAGCCUCCCCUUCCUCCUCCUCGCGGCGGCGGCGGGAGAGAGAGAGACGACGACUAUAAAAAAAAGAGUAGCCGAGGUCGCUCGUAUUCUCGAUCUCGUUCGCCGUCUCCUCCUCCCCAAAAAGGCAGAGGUGGUUUUCGAUCGUCACCUAGAGAUGUAGAUUAA